UAUAAAACAACAACAACAACGACAACAGCGAUGAGUGCUUCAAAAGUAUCAGAUUCAGAAUCGAAAGACAAAGAUUCUGAGACAGUUGACGACCUAAAUCCUGAAAAGGUUCAUUCGGCAAACAAGUGGGAGGCUGUAGACCUUGGGGAUGAUGAUCGCAAAAAGAAGUUUUUAAAGCUUAUGGGAGCUGCAAAGCAAGAGCACAGAGGCAGGUUUGUGAUUGGUGACAAGGAACCUGUGCAUGCACAUACCAGGGACAAUAAAGAGACUGAAGAAAUCAACAAGCAUCUGGAAGAACAGUUCAAGCAAACGUUUGAGCAUCGGGUCACCAGGCAUUCACACAAAGGGCUUGGGUUUGCAGAUGGAGAGUCAAACUCGUCUUCAAGUGGCCUCGACAGUAAAACUGAUAAAGAUAAUGAUAGCUUGGAAGAAAAACAAUCAGAAAAAUGUGAAAAGAACACAAGUGAGGAUGUUAAUAAAAAGCGUCAACAUGAUGAGGCUGCUGAAAAGACUGAAACUCCUCCCAAAAAGCCCAAGAUGAUCAUGAAUUUUGUAAAAUCUAGCGAUUCAAACUAGUGUAGAAUGCAGGGAAAAAAAGCAGUACUAGUAUAUGAAUUUUAUGAAUUGUGCAUCAUAUUUCAUCCCAUCAUUUAGGAUUGGAUAUACCAUUGUUUGACUUGCAUUUUAUUAUUAAAAUGACAAAAUGUAGUCUGUCUUGAUAUUAAUUUUUCUUCUUAAAUAUUCUUUAAAAAAGGGAUUUCUGAUUUUCACAACAUUGGAUAGGUUAAUCUAGAUUAAGGAAAUGAUGUGUUAAUUUCACUUCUGAUUUGGUCAAUGGAAGGUUGAAUGUUAUGCUUUUGAACUAUUACCACUUCCUUGAGUAAGACUGUUUUAAUACGUUUAUACAAAUGUCAUUUAGCACAAAGUGGAUGAUGAUCUUUACGGGAUUUGUUGUCAGAUUGUAAAAAUUACAUUUUAAAAGCGUCUUGUCAAACAUUAAACAAAUAAAACAACACUUUUAUUAUAUAAGGGAGCGAAAUGGCAAUAAUCACCUAGACUCGUAAUGAAAAUACAGUUUCGGUUAUGAAAAAUGA